AUGCAAAUAUCCUCAGUUUUAACUUCGUUGUCAAGCCUAGCUAUUUUAGUUUCUGGAGCAAUUGCCAACUCCGACGUGCAACACCUCACCAAGAGAUGCGAAAACUCAGCAACAGAUAGAAGUUGUUGGGGCGACUAUGACUUAAGCACCAACUACUAUGAUGAGGUGCCCGAUACUGGAGUUACAGUUGAAGUAUACCUUGAGCUUGUCAACACAACGGCAUCCUUAGAUGGUUUGGAGCGUAAUGUUCUCCUGGUCAAUGGGACAUUCCCAGGCCCUACAAUCAUGGCAAACUGGGGUGAUACAGUUGUUGUUCAUGUUCUGAAUAGUCUCGAAAACAACGGUACAGGGAUACACUUCCAUGGCAUUCGUCAAAACUACACCAAUUCUAUGGAUGGUGUACCUUCUAUUACGCAAUGUGCUAUUGCUCCUGGAGACUCCAUGACCUAUACCUGGAGAGCGACGCAAUACGGUUCCUCUUGGUAUCAUUCUCACUUCGCACUUCAAGCUUGGGAAGGUGUGCUUGGUGGUAUCAUCAUUAACGGACCGGCUUCAGCAAACUAUGACCAUGAUGCUGGCAAUGUCUUCUUGAACGACUGGACUCACCAGACCGCCGAUGCUAUGUAUAAUGCAGCACAAACGACCGGACCGCCAGCUCUGGACAACGGUAUUAUUAACGGUACGAACACCUUUCCAGGUGAUACCUCUCUUGGUGCUCGCUUCGAGAUGAGUGUCACUGAGGGCGACUCUUAUAGACUUCGUCUCGUCAAUGGCGCCAUUGACACCCACUUCAAGUUUUCUGUUGACAACCAUACAAUGACUGUCAUGGCGAUGGAUUUCGUUCCAAUCAUUCCCUAUACCGCCGAUGUAAUCAGCAUUGGAAUGGGCCAACGAUACGAUGUAGUCAUCAACAUGAAUCAAACUGCGGACAACUACUGGAUUCGAGCCAUCCCUCAAACAUUCUGCUCUGACAACGACAACGCCGAUGAUAUCAAAGGCAUUCUUCGUUACGAUGCUACUUCUACCGCUGACCCGACCAGCGCUGCGUAUUCAUACGUUGAUGACUGCGAUGGGGAAGCCAUGAGUGACCUCGUCCCCUCCGUUGCGCUUAAUGCCGGCACUGUCACGACUAAUGACGAGGAAGCAGUUACCGUUGGGAGAAGUGGCGGCGUCUUUAAGUGGUUCAUGGCAGCAACGACCUUUGCCGUUGAAUGGGCGGAUCCAACACUGCUCCAAAUAUACAACGGAGACUCUAACUGGACGACUUCUUCGCACGUUAUUCAAGUGGACAAUGCCAACGAAUGGGUAUACUUCAUCAUUGAAACCGCGCAGGCGGUUCCUCACCCCAUUCACCUCCACGGCCAUGAUUUCUUUAUCUUGGCACAAGCUGAAGGCACUUAUUCCUCUGAUGUAACGCUUCAAACCACCAACCCACCACGCCGGGAUGUUGCCAUGCUUCCAGCUUCGGGAUAUCUGGUUAUUGGAUUUGAAACCGAUAACCCCGGUGCGUGGUUAAUGCAUUGUCAUAUCGGAUGGCAUACUUCUGAGGGGUUUGCUCUUCAGAUUGUUGAAAGGAUGGAUGAGAUUCCGGCGCUUAUGGAUUAUGAUUCUUUCAAUGCUACCUGCGCUAACUGGAACACUUAUGCUGAAGCGUUUGGUAUCGAGGAGGAAGAUUCUGGAGUCUGA